CCUCGAGAAACAAAAAGAUCGAUCCUCCCCUAGUUCAUCUUAUUGAUCUCGGAAUCAUACCGGUGGUCGAAUUCCAACAACAAUCGAAAGUGUGAAAGCAAUAGGGUAGCUAGCAUGCCAGGCAUCUUACCCAUGAAGGUCAUCAAGGUCGGGAGUAAUUCACAGAGCAGAGUUGCCCAGGCCUGUGACCGGUGUCGGAGCAAGAAGAUACGAUGUGAUGGUAUCCGGCCAUCAUGCUCGCAGUGCACAAACGUCGGCUUCGAAUGCAAGACGAGUGAUAAGCUUAGCAGAAGGGCGUUUCCCCGUGGAUAUACCGAGUCCCUGGAGGACAGAGUCCGGUCCCUGGAAGCUGAAGUACGGGAACUCAAGUCCCUGUUGGACGAGAAAGAUGAGAGGAUAGAUGUCCUGACAAGGCUCCAAUCGUUCUCUCUCUCGUCUCAAAAAGCAACUUCUUCCCCAGUGUCGAACAUUUCAACCUCACCUGCCGGGUAUUAUCCACGGCCGCCUCAGGCAUCACGCAAUGAGGGCGAAGAUCUCAUAUACGUUCAGCAGUCAGCACGCUCCAUUUCAAAGCCGGCAGACGACACAUCCUUCACUGGACAUUCCAGCACACGGUCAUUCAUAGGUAAACCAAGCUCCCCCCCCCCCCUUUACCCUGCCUUUGUAAGGGGUAUGUGUGCGUUAUCCAACUGACAUGUUUGGUCGAUAGACUCGUUUUCUGUUCGACUUGAAAGGAGCGGCAAGUCACCAACCACUGCAUUGGCAGACGCCCUGCUUUGUGCGCCAUCGUUGAAUGCAAGGCGGCACGAGGAUAUCACUCCAUCCAACAUUCUCCCCCGCCUGGUGUCGGAUCGGCUAUUGAACAUUUUCUUCCAAGAAUGGGCACCACUAUACCCGAUUGUUCAUCGUCCGGAAAUCCUAAAGCUAUACAGUCGAUAUACGACCAACCCGGACUCCAUUGAAGCAGACCACCAUGCGUUUGCACAGUUGAACUUGAUUUUCGGCAUUGCUGCCAUCUCAUCCACGGUACACUUAAGCUUGGGUAACCCCCCUUAUCGAAUCGAACAUGUUUGAGCUAACAGUUUGGCCUCCGUCACAGUCUCGUGUGCCACAAGAUCCCCUUUUCUUCGAACGACAUUGGAUACCGAAGUUGAAGAUGCUUGCGAAUGACAUUUCACUGACCACGUUGCAGUGCUAUGUUCUUGCUCAAGUUUAUUAUUCCAUCAAGGCGGAUUAUCGAAGCCUCCUGCACUACAGGGGCCUUGGUGUUUCGAUCUGCCUUCAAUUGGGCCUUCACCACAGCCAAGAGAGAUUCUCCCUGAACCCGCUGGUAAGCGAAACGCGGAAGAGGGUAUUCUGGUGUCAAUAUACUCUUGACCGAUUCGGAGCUGCCUUCACAGGGCUUCCAGUGUUAUUAGCUGAAUCGGACAUCUCAACAGAGUAUCCGGCAGACGUUGACGAUGAAAAUGUCACGGAAACGGGCUUCGUCCCAACCAUUCCAGAGGAGUCGACAAGGAUGUCAUCCGCUCUGGCUCUGUUCUCUGCCUCACGUAUCCUCCAUCGAGUGUUGGAGGACCUCUAUCCUUCUCCUGCAGGAUAUGAGAUCUCCCUCUCCACGGUCCAUUCACUGGCAGAAAAUCUGGACGAGUGGUUGAAGAAUCUCCCUGCCCACCUCCAGCUCACAUUCCUCCUCGACAAGCCCAAUGCCUCAGUUGCAAGCAGUCGAUCAAUAUUGCUGUCAACUGUCUAUUACUUCAUUCGAACCCUGAUCCGCCGGCCAGCGGUCUCAUUCGGCUCGUCCGACAGCUCAUCACCAUCCAUGCUGUCCCUUGUGGACUCAGCUAAACACAUUAUUCAACUCCUCCGGCUGCUCGAGGACCGGCGAAUGAGCCUUUCGCUAUGCAUGAACAAACGCGAACUGAUUCUGAUUUCUGGUCUUGGCCUGCUCUGGCAGAACCUCCAGCUUGGCCGGGAUAGCAAGUUGGUUAAAGAUGCUCAGAAGAGCCUGACAGCUACCGUAUCCUUACUGGAGAAUGAGUCUAUUGAGGCUGCACUGGAGUUUACGUCUUUGAUAAAUCUAGUGUCGGAUUCUGACCGGCCAAUGCCUGACCGGGCAGCCAGCGGCGGCGUUCAGGAGUUUGUGUCGAAGCUGAAAAGAUCUCGCUUGUCAUUCUCCUCUGAGCCUGGUGUCUCAACACCAAUGAGGGAUGACCUUCGCAAGGCAAACAUGAGGCCAUCUUCACCCAGGAUGUCACGCAGCGUUCGGUCGUCGAGCUCUCAUAGCAGCGGCUCCUAUGACCAGCGAGACCAGAUGCAACACCACCAGGUCCAUCCGGGCAUGCACUCUGGCCAGUCUAAUCUUGGCUAUGUUCCCCUUCAAGUUAAGAAGGAUAAUAAGAAACAGAUGCAGCCGGGAUACAACCCUCAGGUGGGGAUGACCGAAUGGGACCAUGCCCUCAAUGACAUUGAUGGCGGACAUGGCAAUAUAUUCCCUGGAAUAUACAGCGGCGGCGAGUGCGGACAGGCUCCGGGUGCAUUCAAUACCCUCCCCUCGAACUAUCCACCAUCUCAACAGUCGACACCAGCACUGGGCAUGCCCGUCCUGCACUCAUCUCCCGAUAGUAUGCAAGGAUGGCCACAAGAAUCAUGGACUACGGCUCCCAGAACAGCUAUACCACGCAGCCACCCACAUACGAGCCACAAUGGCGCCAAUCCGGCGAAUGGGGGCACUCCAGCGGAAUCCCCAUCAACAUAUAAUGAUGGCAGGGGCAUGGACAUGAGGGAUCAGCACAUGGCUCAGGGUCACUCGAACACUCAUGAAGGGAAUAAUGGCCACAUCCACACCUGUGCACCACCAUUGAACCCGUUUGAAGCCAUGGUUAUGCCUCAUAACCUUGAUUCAAUGCAGGGAACCACCAACUUCAAUGUCUCCGUCACGAGUGGCUGGGGUCAGCAUUCCGUGAUGUAA